GUUGCAGUCCGCUGGCAACCCUGCCAAGCGUCAGUCAUUUGCGCCAUUUUCAUUGAAAUCGCGGCCUUUCACAGUGUCAACAUGGCGGAUCAGACCGAGCGCGCUUUCCAAAAGCAACCAACCGUAUUUAGCAACCCCAAGUUGCAGAGCAAAAAGAAGGUCGUAAGACUGUCGAGGAAUGUGGGUCUUGGGUUUAAGACUCCACGGGAGGCAAUCGAAGGACACUACAUCGACAAGAAGUGUCCCUUCACUGGAAACGUCUCAAUCCGUGGACGAAUCCUGACCGGCGUUGUCCAGAAAAUGAAGAUGCAGAGAACCAUCGUGAUUCGUCGCGACUACCUGCACUACAUCAGGAAAUACAACCGUUUCGAAAAGCGCCACAGGAACAUGUCCGUCCAUUUGUCCCCCUGUUUCAGGGACGUGGAAAUCGGCGACGUUGUGACGAUUGGGGAAUGCAGGCCGUUGUCCAAAACAGUGCGAUUCAAUGUAUUGAAAGUCACCAAGGGGAGCAGCUCGAAGAAGAGCUUUAAGAAGUUUUAAAUAUAAUUCUGUUUUUCACAUUCCGAUAAAGAAAAACGUCUUUAUUGAAAUGUAAAAGUUAGUAUUUAUUAUGACGUAAUACAUACUGGCUUAAAACUC